UUUUAAAAAUAUUCUUUUUUAGAGCAAUGACUAAUGUAGGAACAAUUACAGUAUUAUCAACAAAUAGACAAUCCAGUGAAAAUGCUUCUUCUUUGCCUUCAAUUUUUGAUUACUUGGCUCAAGAUUCGCUUAGGGCUCAAUUAAAACCUGGAAUUUUAGCUGGAAUUAAGGGAUUAUUCUCCAGUAAAUUCCCUACAGCAGCAAUAUUUCGUUUUUUGGAAAAACAUUUUGAUUUAAUUUUUCUUUUAUUCCAAUCUACAAUUGAAUUUCAUUAUUUGCAAAGAUUUUCUGGUUCUUUUUCUGAAAAUUUUUAUGGAAUGAAAAGAGUGCCAAUUAAUAAUUCAAACCCUUUACUUUCUUUUAGUCAAAAAAUUCGUUCUUUAAUUACUUUGGUUAUUUUACCUUUUAUUGGAGAAAGAUUAACAAAAAUAUAUGAACAUUUAAAAAUAAAUUUUUCUGGCUCAAAAAAUAUUUUUGGUUGGCGUUUUCUUCUUUUACGUUUAUUUCCUUUUUUGAGAACUUUUAAUUAUUUUGCCAUUAUUUUAUUUCAAAUUGGCUACACAUUCUCUUUUAUUAAAUUUCCCUCAUGGCUUUUAUUAAUUUCUGGUACUCGUUUAGAAAUUUUUUUGUCUCGCUGUUUGCAACUUUUAUUUUGGUUACCUUCUACAAUUGGCCGAAUUCUUUCUUUGUCACUUUUUUUAAUUCAAUUUCUUGAAAUUUGUUAUAAAGAUGAAUUUGGAAUUCUUUUAAAUAAAAUAAUUAAUGGAAAUAAUAAAUUAAUUAAUUUUGAGGAAUUCCCUUUAAAUAAAUUACCUGUUAAUCAACAAUCCCUUUGCCGUGCUGGAAAAUGCCCUAUUUGUGGACAAAUUCGGAAUGAGGAGGCUGUUUUGAGUAUUUCUGGAUAUAUUUUUUGUUAUUCUUGCAUUUAUAAAUUUAUAACAUUAAACGGUCGUUGUCCAGUUACUUCACUUCCUGCUUCAAUUAAUGAAAUCAUCAAAAUUUAUCGUUAA